CCAAAAAAUUCAAUUCUGGGUCGCCUCUGGUGCAAGGCCCUGAUAGGCCUAACGGUCAUCUUUAUCGCUGCUGAUGUUGAAGUCAUAUUACACGUCGAGAUCGACUACCUAGACUAUCAUUUGGAGCACCAAACUCUAGCCGUGCAAGUUACUAGGAAGGAGAGCGCUAGGUUAAAAAGGUUUGAGAAAGGCUAUUUAGACGUGAGGGAAAAGUUGGGUGUGCCCGUAUUGGAUCCUACGAUGGCGAGCCUUAUGCUUUUAGCAAGGGCGGAUGGCUACGAGG